AUGGUGUUCACUGCUCGUUGCGUAUGCACGAAACACAGCACCUGGAGCCAUGGAAAUGUAUCACCUGAUGCAUUACGAGUUGCAGAUCCUGAGGAGCUAACGUUUUGCGAGGUCGAUAGUUCGAAAAACAAAGGCCGAAAAAGAAAGAUAUGUUUAGCUUGCUGUGGAAGACUUAAGACGUUUACACUUCUGCAAUUGCCAUGUUUUGGUUUCUCAUGUUCCACACAUCUCUGUCGUUCAAUAAGCUUAUAUCUGAUUUUUUCGCACACUUUAACUUACGUCUUGUAGGUUAGUAUAUGGAAUACGUGAUAAUUUUUUCAUUUAUUUAUUUUAUUUGUUUGUUAUUUAGGAUCAACAAGCCAGUCAGUACGCGACGGAAGAUAUGUGCAAUGUACCUGUUGUCGGCGAAGGUGAAAUUGACAACACUGAAUAUUCACCAAGCAGUCUACCUUCGUCUUCCAGCUCCACACAUGUGCAAGUUUUGGAAGUGCCUUUACAACCGUACAAGGACGCAGAAAAUAGGACUCAGCAAGUUAUGAGGUCAAAGACCAUCAAGGUUGUUGAAGAAUGUGCUAACAAAUUUGUGCAUUAUAACGCAAAAGACAUACCUGAAUUUGUAAAAAACUUGUUGCAUUGCAAAAGUGGAAGUCCACAUUUGAAAGUUGCCACAACAAGGUUUACCAGGAGAGUAUCUUCCUCACUAACCUUGCAGCCGAAUACAAACACUGCAAGGAUAAAGAUUUGAGUAAAGUGGUACGACUUCGAUCAGCAAAGCAAACCCAGACAAUUUUGAUUGGACAGACUCUACGGGACAGUAGAAUUUCUCUGAGUGGGGUGACCUCAGAGGUUUUCAAAUCGCGCGGUGAUGCAGCUAAAGAUCUUGGCAGGAUUCGAAGUUACUCUGAUGAAAAGAGAAGACUUUUGUCCAUCGUUGCAACAGACUACUCAUAUUCAGUAGUAGAAAAACUCUUCAAUUGUUCUUCGAAAAUGGUCACCGCGGCUAGAGUACACUGCAUUUUACUUGGAUGUGGGGGUGUCCCCAUGGACAAAUUCAGAUUUACCCGUCAAUGCGUUAGUUCCGAAGUGUUAAAGGAACUUUGUGAAUUUCUCCAUAGAGAUGAUAUAUCAAGGCCAUCGUCAUGCCAGAGUGUCUUGGUUGAAGGCGAGGAGACAGCUGUGAAGUACUGGCAGGAUACUGUCAAGGGACUUAUUAACCAGUACCUUCUGGAAUUCCCUAAUGGAGUGAAGAGGACCUACAUUUACAGACACUUGCCAAUUAAUUUUCGAAUAAACACCAUGUUGGCAGGUCUGUGUAACUUGUGUGAUGAUUUUGGAUACUCCAAUUUUGAUGAACUCUGGGCUAUCAUCUCAGGUGUCAUCCAGUUGCUCUGAUGUCAAUGCAUCAGCCCUCUCCUAGGAUGUGAAACGCUAUCAGAAAUUUUUGAAGACAACAUUCCCUAAACGUGCUCAGAAGCAUUCUCCUUACCUCGAACUUUGCUUGUCACAUGCAUUUGAUUCCUGUUCAGAAAAGCACAGCUCAGUUCUAACUGACAUUUCUCUAAUUUAUGAUGUGCAUAGUUCCCUUAUGCAAUCAAUUCAGUCCAUGAGUGAUGUUUCGGCCAAGGAUGAUUUAAAAGCCAGACUAGAAGAAGUGUAUAAGGUGCACUUUGACUAUUUGGGUCACCUUCUUCGUACGAAACAUCAAGGUGACUACUACAACUUUGUUUUGAAGUAUUUGAAGCCUGGGGAGUGCGUUAUGGUCAUUGACUGUAAGAUGAAAUUGGAACCUGGGAAAAGGACCCGCGAGAUUCAGCGUGAUUGGUAUGGGAAGACAGGGAUAUCGCUGCAUGGGUGUUACAUUGUUGCACAGAUUGGAGAAAACGAAAAAAGCUGCGACGUGUUUGACUUGUGGUCAGAAGACACCAAACAAGAUGCCUUCUUUACCCAAAGUGCAUUAGAUGUCUGUUUUACAUGGCUUGAGAGGGCCUUCCUAGGAUUCUCUGUUUAUCUGUUUUCUGGUAUGUGUGCAAUUUAUUUCCACUCCAUGUUACAUUCAUACAGUUUCACUCACGUGACCAGCAGCUAUGUAACUAUAUUGGAACAAAGGAAAUUAUUUACAUGAGAAAAGAGUUCAAUUCCCCAGGAUUAGUACGGGACACCAUCUUGGCCGCAUUUCAUUGUUUUGAGACACCCAUAUGGCCACCGUGACAUCACGUGAAAACGCUGUAUACCUGUAGAUACUGUACGUAAAACCUGAUCCAGAUACUUCAGUGAUCUAAAGGGAUAGGCACUACUCUUGCAGUCUCUCACCAGCACAUGGGCUUCCAGAAACAUUUAAGUUAACUGGGUUUUGAAAAAAAGUUCUCUAGGCUUAUGGAAGUAAAUUUUGAGCAACAAAAAUAAGGCACAUUCGGCUCUUUGGUAGGGUUAAAUACAUUCUAACAAUCACGUGUGGAAAGACGUCAGUUGCAGAGGUGCAUUGUCAGGUUUUCUUUGUUUGUUAUAACGAUCUGCAUUUAUUUUUUUAUUGCUCUUCAUGUCUAUAUUUUAAUGCCGGGAAUAUAACAUCUAAUUCCCCUUUCAAAUAAAUUAUUAUUUUUAUAAUGUAAUAAAAAUAACCCUAAAAAGCUCCUAAAUAUAAUAUAGGCACAAAUCCUUACUUAGUGCCCAAUAAGCACUGCCCCUAAGUUGAGCAACCCAAAUUCAAUGCCCCCUCUAUCCAAUUCAAAAUAAUUUAUAACAAAAAGUACACAGGCUGAAUUAUGAUGACAUAGCAGACAAAAAUGGAAAACAUAACUCAAAGUAAGGGGUGACUGUCCCCAGGUGAUGAGAGAUACACCUUUUGGAGUGAAGGAACAAAAGUAUAUUAGUCAGUUUUGAUAGACACAGCACAGUGAUAAUUUUUUUUCUUUUUUCUUUCUUUUUGAAAUAGAGCAUGAAGAAUGUAUCAUGUUUCCAGUUGUCCAUCGAAAUAAGUAGGGCUCCUAAGAAAAUGGGCAUAUUCAUAUUUCCUCUUUAAGGAUAAUUUGCUGGGGGCAUCAUCGCACAUUCCUUGGCUGGUAUUAGCAAAGUUGUCAAAAAGACAAAGGCUCAGAUUCAAAAGAUCACUACAAGAAAAUCCCCUAUGGCUGGCUCAACGGGCUCUUCCAUCUCUUCGCAAUUACCAGUACCACAAACCAGAGAAGAGGGCUUACAAAGUCUCCCCAGCCAAGAUGUAUAUAGUGUGCGUUUUAUAAACCAUGCACCUGAACCACUACAGUCCCCAUCCUUUUUUCAGCGUGGAAGGAUUGCCACAAAUCUGCAGCCAUCUAAUGGAUAUGCUAUAAAGAAAUCCUCUGGUAAGAGUAAUUUUCUCCUUGGCUCAAAAAGAAAUAAUAUCUUUUUACAACCGACAAGCAUUAAGUGGUGUCAGAGCCGAUCCAAAAGAUAUCAUUGCAUGUAUGAGACUCCAGGGUGCAGAAGUCCUCAAAGAGACACAAAUCCGUACCUGGUGGAGCACCUACCAUCAGAAAAGGAAACAAACUUUGAAUGUCUCGCAAGAGGAAGCAUGUCAUUUGCAAAGGGGUGGGUCAUCCGUCUCCAAGCAUCCCUGGCUCGACCACUCCUGUGUCUGCCCCUGGCUCGACAGUACCUGUACAGCAGCCCACUCCUGUUUCCGUCCCUGGCUCAACAGUUCCUGUGCAGCAGCCCACUCCUGUGUCUGUCCCUGGCUCGACAGCAUCUUUACAGCAGCCUAACCCUGUG